CUUGUUUUCUCGUUUACAAAUCAUACACAGACCUUGGCCCUUCCAUGGCGAGCCAACGAGCCAAACAAGGGGAAUCAGCAGCUGGAGCCAACCCUGAGAAAGAUAAUUUGCCUGAGGAGCGGCUGGUGCAGGUCUUGGACCAAGUUGUCCAAGGUGUGCUCAAUGCACCACCGCCGACUGCAGCUGGGGUGCCUCAAGCGAUAAUGGAGACCCUUUGUCUUGCUCACCCACGGUACAAAGACUGGGCCGAGUUUCGCGCCAAAAAGGCUGAGGAGAAGCAGCUUCAAGAAGAGCUUGAGUUGAAGAACAAGACCGAAAAGCUUGGUGCACCUGGUGGGCCGAGACGCACCAUGAAAGACAAAGCGCUGGAGAAGGCCAAAGAGUUGGGUCAGCUUUCAAGUCCGCGAGACGAGGAAGAUCAGGAAUGAUUGGUCACAGCAUUCAAGAUUCUGUACUAACGUGAUUGCUGAAAUAAUCAGCCCUCUCACGGUUUCACCGCUCGAAAGCUAGCGUCCUGCGACGGAAGGAAACUAUGUGUGUUUUUGAAACUUGCAGUGUGACACCAUGGCAGUGAUAGUUUGGGAAUCUUGGUGGAGACACACGGGCAACAGUGGAUGUCCAGCCUUUCAUUGCAUGCAUUGAUUUAGCCGUCCGCUGUUUUGCAGAAUGGAUUGACGAAGUUUCCACACUCAAACGGUC